AUGAGGGUUUUAUUGACAGGUGGAUCCGGCUUUAUCGCCGCCCACUGUGUUGAUUACCUCCUUCAACACGGCCACUCGGUCGUCUUCACCGUGCGCUCCCCUGAAAAAGGUCAAAAAAUCUUGAGCAAUCACCCGAGUCAACCAAAGGAUAAACUCAGCUACGUGAUCGUUGAGGAUAUCGCCCAAGAAAACGCCUUCGACGAGGCCGUCAAGUCUGAUCCGCCCUUCGAGGGCGUUUUGCACACCGCUUCCCCAUUCCACUUCAACGUCACGGAUCCCAAGAAAGAUCUCUUGGAUCCGGCCAUCAUUGGCACUAUUGGAAUUCUCAGGGCUAUCAAAAAAUAUGCGCCCACCGUCAAGCGGGUGGUCAUCACCAGUUCCUUUGCAGCGAUCAUCAACCCCAAAUCGCACGAGAAAAUCUACAGCGAGAAAAACUGGAACCCGGUCACCGAAGAAGAAGCCACGCAGGACCCCGCGACCACAUAUCGCGCGUCGAAGACGUUCGCUGAGCGAGCCGCGUGGAAGUUUGUCGAGAAAGAAAACCCAAACUUUGACAUUGCUACUAUCAAUCCACCACUAGUCCUUGGUCCAGUCGUGCACUGCCUCAACUCUCUUGACACCAUUAACACUUCAAAUGAACGAAUCAGAAACAUGAUCCAAGGUCGCACGAAGGAUACUGGUCUCCCUCCAACAGGCGCCUUCAUCUGGGUCGACGUUCGCGAUGUCGCCCUUGCUCAUGUCAAAGCUCUGGAAAUCCCCGAGGCCGGUGGCAAACGGUUUUUCUGCACAGCAGGCCAGUAUUCCAAUGCCGACAUCGCUCAGAUUAUCCAGAAGAACUUCCCAGACCUGGCCAGCAAGCUGCCGGAUAAGCUUGAGAGUGAUAUGCCACAGGAUAUCUAUGGGUAUGAUAACUCGAGAUCGAAGGAAGUGUUGGGAUUGAAGUACCGAAGUUUGGAGGAGAGUGUUGUCGAUACUGUGAAAUCACUGCUCGAAGUCGGUGCAUAA